AUGGAAAUAUUAUUAAAUGAGUUUGAGUUUGUAAAAAUCUUCGUAGAUGAUAUUCUAAUCUUUAGUGAAAACCUUGAAAAACAUUUAGAACAUAUAAGAAAAGUAUGUGAAAGAAUUAUUAGCAAAGGUGGUAAAAUAAAUUUUGAGAAAAGUCAUUUUGGUUUAAAAGAAGUGAACUAUUUAGGAAUGUUUAUAAGUAAAUCAGGAAUAAGAGCAGAUAUAAAAAGAAUAGAAGUGUGGAAAGAAAAGGGAAUAACCAGUAAAAAGAAAUUAAGGAGUUUUCUAGGAAUUACAAAUUGGUAUAGAAAAUUUGUACCAUUAAUGAGUGAACUAACAAGCAAAUUAAAUAAGAAAUUAGUCAAAGAAAAUAAGGAAUUUAAAUGGGAAGAAGCAGAUGAAUUAGACAAAAGAAGAAUAUUAAAAGCAAUAAAUGAAAACACCUUAUUAAAGCAUAUAAAUACAAAGGAAAAUUUUACAUUAAGUACAGAUGCAUCUGAAAUUGGUAUAAGUGGAAUAUUAAGACAAGAAUCAGGGGUAGUUGGAAUAUAUAGUAAGAAAUUAUCAGGAUCAGAAUUAAAUUACACAAUACCAGAGAAGGAACUUUAUGCAAUAAUCAAAAGUGUUUUGCAUUUUAAGAAAAUAAUAUGGGGUAGAAAAUUUGUAAUAGAAACUGAUAGUAAGGAUAUUGUAACCUUGAAGAAUAAAAAUGAUAACAGGUUAAAUAGAUGGAUGAGCAUACUAGGCGAGUAUAAUUAUAACUUCCAACAUAUCAAAGGAAAUGAGAAUAAUAUGGCUGAUGCUUUAAGCAGAGGAGAAAUUCGAUUAAUAAGAUCUGGAGAAGUGACAAACUGGAAAGAAAAAUGGAAAAAAGGGGAAAGAGAUGGAAAAGGAAGAAUUAUAAUCAAGGAAGAGGAUGGUGAAGAAUUUUUAGAGGAGUUACACAUAAUUUUAUUACAUGCAGGUGAAACAAAAUUAUACAAUAGUAUUAAAACAUACUAUCAAGUAGAAGGAGUCAAAAAAAAGAUAGAAAAGAUAUGCAAAGAAUGCAAAGAACAGAAACACCAAAGAAAUAACUAUCAUACAGGAAAAGGAAUUUUAUUUAAGGAAAAUUGUAAUGAUACAGUAAGCAGUGACAUAGUGGGACCUUUUCCGUUGUUAAAAGGGGGUAAGAAAGUAAACUUUUAUGGUAUAACGUUUAUUGAUUUAUGCUCCAGGUAUAGUAAGGUAAAAUUCAUGACAAAAAUUAGAGGAGAAGAUGUAAUAUUAGCAUUUGAUGUUAAAUGGAUUAGUGAAUUUGGUAAACCAAAGGUUUUAUAUACUGACCAAGGUAGACAGUAUAUUUCUGAAACAUUGAGAAAAUAUUUAGAAAAAGAAGGAAUUGAAUUAAAAUUGAAUACUGCUUAUAAUCCAGCAGGAAACGGAGUGAGUGAAAAACUGAAUCAGACGAUAAAUUUCUGUUGUAGGCUAUAUGAAUUUAAGAAUUUAGAAGAACUUGAAGAAAUUAUUGAAAUUGGAUUUAACAGUAGUACCUGUAGAACUACUGGAUAUGCACCUUCGGAAAUCAUGAAGGGUAUGAAUUUAUUGGAUGUAGAGGAUAGAAUUAUCAAGGUAAACAUGGAAGAAGUGAAGGAAAGGAUGCAAACAGCCCAUAAAUUUAACGAAGAGGAAGAAAAUAAGAAUAAAAAGAGAUUGAUUGAAGCUAAGGUUAACGAUUUAGUGUACCUUAAGAAUGAAAUUAGAGGAAAAACAGAUGCAUUGAACUUAGGACCAUUUAAAAUAUUAGAAGUAGGAAAAAUGGGAAAUGCAGUAAAAAUUGAUUAUGGUAGAAAAACGGAAUGGGUUAAUUUGAGAAGAGUAAUUAAUUUUAAAGAAGGGGAGAUUGCAGUAUCUUAA